AUGUCGAAUCCAAAUGACUAUGCUGUCGGAUGGAUCUGUGGAAUUGGCACCGACUAUGUUGCUGCACGAUCGUUUCUAGAUGAGGUUCAUCCCUCGCCUCGCUCUGUAGAUGAACACGACUGGAAUCGCUACACCCUGGGAACCAUAGGCGGGCAUUUUGUUGUGCUUGCGGUCUCGCCUGAUGUCGAAUAUGAGUGUACCUCUACUGCACGCGUGGCCAAAAAUAUGCUGAAUACCUUCCCCAACAUCAAAAUUGGGUUGUUGGUUGGCAUCGGCGGUGGCGCUCCAAGCCAGCAGAACGAUAUACGUCUUGGUGAUGUCGUCGUCGGCUCUACCCAAGACGGGAACGGUGGUGUUGUGUAUUAUGAUUAUGAACAAAGUAUCCAAGACCAGGCCCUCCGACUCACUGGCCGCCUGAACAACCCACCGAUAAUCCUGCAGACGGCUUUGCAUAAACUUGACGCCGCAAGGGGCGAUGAUGAAAUCCAUAAACUCGAGCAGGCCAUUGACGAUGCCCUCAAGAAGAAGCCAGUUAGGCUCCAAGAAAACUACCUACGUCCAAGCCCAAGCAGAGACCAACUGUACCGAAGCCAAGUCGUUUACCCCUUGGACGACAAUCACAAAUGCCCAGAAAUAUUUAGCGAUCACCCAUCGCAUCUUGUGAAAAGGACGAAUCGGUCUGGAAGCGAAGAAGGAAUCGCUGUGCAUUACGGCCUAAUCGCAUCGGCCGAGAGCAUAAUGAAGGAUGCAGCAUCUCGCGACAAGUUUGCGGAGGAAACGGGGGUACUAUGCUUCGAGACCGGAGCUACGGGGAUGCCUAGUCGUUUCCCUUGUCUAGCUAUCCGUGGCAUAUGCGACUAUUCAGAUAGCCAUAUAAACAAGGAGUGGCGAGGCUAUGCUGCCAUGGCCGCUGCUGCCUUCACAAAGGAUCUCCUACGCCAAAUCGCCCCAAAUGAGAUCGAAGGGGAGAAGACAGUCCUUGAACUGGAUCUAUUUAAGACGGUCGACGAGCAAGAUGACACUGCAAUGGGUGGUACGGAGAUUGGAGAAGGCAUUUUGACGCCAAAAUUAUCUGACAAAGAGAAGCAAUGUCUUCAAUUACUCGGCCCCGCGCCCAACAGUACCGAUAGUUCCUACCAAUGGCACAAGGAUUGGAUAGACCAAGCGGCCGAAAACACCUGCCAGUGGUUACUUAAGAAUGAAGAAUAUGAUAAGUGGCUGAAACAGAAGAAUGGCUCGCUGCUCAUCACAGGAAACUCCGGCUCUGGGAAAUCCGUACUGGCCAAAUACCUGAUUGACCAGGGCAUAACUCAAUCGCCAACAGAAACGGUUUGCUAUUUCUUCUUCAAUAGCCAGGACCAGAAAACAUUGAAGCAGGCACUUCGUGCCGUGCUCCAUCAGCUUUUCCUUAAAAAGCCAUGCUUGAUACAACAUGCCGUUAAACUCCUGGACAGCGGCACAUACUUUGCCAGCUCGACUUCAUUGCUCUGGAAUCUCUUACACGCUGUUACAAGCGAUCCUCAAGCUGGAUCUGUCAUCAUAGUCUUGGAUUCUCUAAAUGAUUGCGAUAUAUUGGAUUUCGAAGAGUUAGUGGAAGAAAUCCAAGUCCAGUCUCGGGACGAGCACCAAGGAAGCAAACAAUUGAAAUGUCUUCUCACGAGCCGUCCAACCGAUAACGUCAAGUCCUAUUUUGAAAGAGCGGCAUCAUCGACAUACUCUCAUAUAUCUUUGGAGACGGAGAAUGAUGCAAUCCACCAAGAGCUAAAUUCUUUGAUUUCAAUCCGAGUUGAUAAGCUAUCGGACAAAAAGAUGCUAUCGGGCGACACCAAAAAUUAUAUCAAAGAAACACUCACUUCUAAUGAGAACAAAACCCACCUGUGGGUGGACCUCGUUCUCGACUACCUGGCAACAGAAGAACUGGAUGAAUCAUCUAGAAGCAGCCAUGCCUCGCUUGCAACCCUUCCAAAAAGCGUUGAAGAAGUCUAUGAGAAGGCUCUACACAGGUCGAAGGAAUCCAAACUGGUCCAGAAACUUUUGAGCGCUGUCCUAGCCUCAGACCAGUUGAUGUCGGUCGCGGAGAUGAACGUCGCAUUGAACAUGGGCUAUGAAGUGAAAUCGAUUUCCGACCUCAAAUUGGAAACCGAAGACGAGUUUAAGUCAAAGGUCCCCUCCCUAGCUGGAAUAUUUCUAUCCAUUCGCCAUAACAAGGUUUCUUUUCGCCACAAAACUGCUCGCGAGUUUCUUGUCAGGGACAAGGAGUCAUCCCCGUCGGCUGAAGGUGAACCUAUCCGGCAUCGUUCAGCUUCUCUACCACGUGAGAAUGAGGUAAUGGCAGAGAUAUGCGUACAAUACCUAAACUUGUUGCCUUUUGGUGAGGGUGCCGAUAUACCAGCCAGACUUGCCCUGUUGGAUUACUCGGCCCGGAACUGGCUCAAGUUCUUCCGCCGGGCGAAGAUAACGCAUGGCCAUCCUAUUCUACCACUAGCAGCUAAGCUCUGCGAUCCUAGCUUGGAGCUCUUUCCAAUUUGGCUCAAAGUGAGUCAAGAGAGGGGGAUACUCAGGACGAUGACAAACGCAACAAGUCUCCUUGUGGCAUCUCACUUAGGACUGGCCCCAGUCGUCAACCUAUUUCUCGACCAGCCGCAUGCUAUCGAAGAACGCGAUAAGCACUAUGAGCUCACGCCGCUUCUAUGGGCAGCUUCGUCUGACAGCCAAGACACCGUCAAAUUGCUGCUCGAGAAGGGGGCUGAUCUUGAGGCUAAGAACAGUUCCAAGGAAACAGCACUAGCUUUGGCUGCCACGCAUGGGCGCACCAGCAUCGCGAAACUGCUGCUCGACAAGGGCGCUUGCUUCGAUGCCAAGGAUGGAGGAAGCAAGUCUCCGCUGCUGCUUGCGGCCAUGAACAGGCAUACUGAGAUCGCCAGGCAUCUACUUGACCUAGGGGCUACAUUCGGGGAUAAAGAUAUGCAGAAAUCUUUAUGCCGGGCGGCGGAGUUUGGUCCCACCUCCAUGGUAGAAUUACUGCUUGAGAGAGGUGGAGAAGUCGAAACAAAGGACAAAGAGGGAUGCACCUUGUUAAUUUUGGCAGCUAAAAAUGGGCAUGAAGAUACUGUGAAGUGUCUUGUGGAGAAAUCCGCCAACAUCGAGGAAACAGACAAGCUAGGCAGGACCGCUUUAUCAUGGGCUGCAGAAGAUGGAAACCUAGAGACGGUUGAAUAUCUCCUUGAAAAAGGUGCUGACCCUGGUUCGACCGAUCUUGGUGGCGGGACGGCUCUGUUGUGGGCUGCCGGCAAAGGACGUGUCGAUGCUAUGAAGUGCCUUUUCGAGAAAUCCCCCACUGCGAUCAACUCUACAGCUCACGAUGGACAAAAUGCUUUCCUAUUGGCUGCUUCAGCUGGUCAGGUAAAGUCCAUGGAGUACCUGCUUAGCAUUUCUGAUGGCAUGCUGGGCUCGGUGGACUCGCUGGGAAGGAAUGCUCUGUUGUUUGCUUCAAGAGGCGGCCAUGUCGACGCUGUGGAAUACUUAUUAGGACAAGCUGAUACUAUGGUCGGCUCAGUUGAUAACAGUGGAAGAAAUGCCCUAUCGUGGGCGGCCGAGAAUGGGCAAAAAGACCUCAUACAACAUCUUCUUGAGAAGGACGUCAACGUUGAGUCUGCAGAUUUGGCUGGAAGGACUGCUCUAUCAUGGGCAGCCGAAGCUGGACAGAUCGAUAUUGUUGAAUAUCUUCUUGAGAAGGGUGCUGAAGUCAAGUCUGUAGAUUGCAGUGGUCGGACGGCCUUAUCAUGGGCGGCUGGGAGAGGACGCACAUCUACACUCAUCUACCUCGUUAGCGUGGGUCUGUCAAUCAGUUCGACUGACAAUGAUGGCCGGACGGCUCUUUCAUGGGCUUCGGGGAAUGGCUAUGAAAACACUGUUAAAUACAUCCUCGGCAAGGGAGAGAAGCUUGAUUCGAUUGAUAAUACAGGCCGGACUGUCCUUUCAUGGGCCGCCGCAAGUGGACACGAAAGUCUUGUCAGCUACCUGCUCGGCAAAGGUGCUGAGGCCGAGUCCACAGAUAGAGCCGGACGGACAGUUUUAUCAUGGGCUGCAGGUCACGGACAUACGAAUGUCGUGAAAAUGCUUCAGGCAGCUGGAGCCAACAUCAACUCGGUUGACCAGCGAGGCUGGACGCCCUUGUGGUAUGCUGUUGCAGGAGGACACGAGGAUGCUGUAGCUCAUCUAACAAUGGAUGGCUCCGAUAUCAAAUGGCUAGAUCACGAGGGUCAGUCACUUCUGAAACAGGCACUUUUGGGACGCAGCGAGAGUGUCGCGCUGCAACUGCUCCGAAAGGGGGCCAGCGUUGACACUCUGUCCAAGCCUGGCCGCAGUCUGCUCUCUGAGGCCGCUGAAGAAGGACUAGUGGACAUUGUCCGCUUUCUAUUGGAAAAUGGAGCAAAUAUGGAAUUCAAGGAUCAGAGUGGCAGGACACCUUUGUCUCUGGCUUCAGGAGGAGGACGUCAAGACGUUGUUCAACUCCUUCUCACAAAGGGUGCAAAUACAGAGCUGGCAGAUCAUCAGGGCCGGACGCCAUUGUCAUGGGCCUGUUGGAAAGGGCACCAACCGGUCGUGCAACUACUAGUCGACAGCGGCGCCGAUAAAGAUGCGUCUGAUGACCAGGGCCGAACUGCUCUAUGGUAUGCCGACUUCAGUAAUUUUGGUGAAGAAGGACCAAUUGCAAAAAUACUUCGAGAUGGUGCCGGUAGUAUAUGA